UUUGACAAUAAACCAAACCGAAAUCAACAUAAUAAUUUUCAGAAGGCGACUGGACUGAAAGGAAAGUACAGUAUUAUGAAGUUACCCUAUCAUGACAGAAACCAGCAGAUGCAACCAGACGGAAUGCAUACCAUAGCAGAUUUCAUAAGCCAUGUAAUGGACCUGCUGGUUGGGAAAUCUGACACCAAAAAAGUGCGUCUCUGUGAAAAACAUCACCAGCGGUUUCCACAGAUAUGGCCACAAGAGACAGCAGCUGAGCAGGUUGCAAUUGAACCACCAUCAAAGAAAAGAAAAACUAUGAGUAGUGAGACUCUUCCACCAGCACCCUGGACUCUAUCAACUGAUUCUGUGAAGGAAGCAGACAGACGUGCAACAGCAAUCAAAUAUCCAGCUGGUGUAGAAAUCUCUCCAGGGCUCCAUUUUACAAAACCAUGGACAUUACGGACUAUGAAUUCAAAAUUACAGUUUGUUAAAACGGGCGCAUUGCAAUGGUGCAUAAAGGGAAUUCUGCCUAAGAGACAGGAAACAACCUUAUUUACUGUAUUGGAAGUAAUUGUCAGAAUGACUCAGCAAGAGUUCGAGAUAUCCGAGAUCAAAAAACUUCAGGAUGAUACCCAUGCAGCCUUAGCCUUAUUAGAAAGAGAUUUCCCUCUUAGCCUGCAGAAUCUGGUUACACACCUCUUGCAUCAUAUAGUGGAUGGAAUAGCAGAAAAUGGACCACUUUAUGGGAGAUGGCUAUUUCCAUAUGAAAGGGCAAAUGGUUGGAUGUCGAGACAAGGAUUAAAGAAAGGAGGCGAAGAGGCUACCAUAAUGGAAACAUAUGUGAUUUAUGAUUGGUGUGUGUACAUGAUGCUGAGUCAGAAAAUGAUGCCAGCAACCAGUAACACUAAUUCUAUCUCAAAUGCUGCAGCUUUUGUUCAUGAAAAUAUGAGUAAUGCCAUAUCCACAGAUUCUGUUUUUACAAGCAUUGGCAGAGUUGAAGAAUUUCAGAUUCCAUGUUAUUUACAAGAACAAAUGAAGAAUUUCGACAAUACUAUAAGUUCCUCAAUGCCAUCCUUUGCCAAAAAAAUUCAUUCACUGGUAGUUAGUAACAAAUCAACAUUACACCAUAAUGUGCGAUAUAAUGGCGUUUCAUCUCAAAUGAACAAGAGGGACUCAUCAUUUGUGUCAUUUUUAAACAAACAGAACAAAGUUUGCAUUGGAAGGAUUGCAUUCCUAGUAGAACAUAAUUUCCCUAGUGAACAAACUCGUUAUUGGGCAGUUGUACAUUGUUUACAAAAUUGUUCAUUGGAAAGUGGACUUUGGAAAGGUCAAGGAUUCACUGCUUCAGAAUUCAUUAUUCCAUUGCACACUCUCAGCGACCCACUAGUUACAUCUGAAUUAAAUGGAUACAUCUAUGUACUAAAUUUGAAGUCCUAAAAUUGAAGAAUGGAUACUUGACUUGCUUGAUGACAUCGUGCCAAGCUGAAUUCUGUAUGGUAUAUAACUGUGAAAACUCUUUAUAGAAAAGUACAAAUAGCCUGUCUGUUGACUAACAUUGAACUCACUUAUAAUUGUGUUGACUGUGAUCAAAUUAAUGCAUUGACUUUUUCCUUAAUUUAAUUUUUGUAUAUAUAUAUAUCAUCAUGAUCAUGUGUAUAUUUCAUAGAAUAUGUUUCAAUCUUUUUAAAAAUAAAAAAAAGAUUUCAAUUUGUAUAUUUUGUAGGCUCUUGAAUAGAUUGUUACAAUAUAUUUUUAUAUAAAUUGUAAGAUUUUUGUGAAAAAAAUGUGUAAAGGAUUAUUUUCCUUAAAACAGGUUUAUAAAGAUAAAAGGGAGAUUACCCAUAAAUAUUGAUCCAGAUUGCAUUUGUCUGUGAAUAACAUGAAUAUGGUGGUUAAUAAAACUUAAAUUUUCAAUUUCCUUCAAAAUAAUUCCAACAGUCAAGGUUUGCAAAAUUUAAUUUUGUGUCUAUUUAUUGUGAAACAAAUUUAAAAAAACAUUGCAUUGAGGAGCAUAAAGUUUAUUUUGGAGAUUGUAAAGAAAAAACAAAACUGCUGUGCAUUAUUGAAGUUGAACUUUUGGCUUUUUAUCUUCUUUCCUUCUUUUCUGUCUUAUGACAGAUUUAUCAUGUUUAUAGUCGGGGAUUAUUCAUUGUAAUUAAUGUUGAUAAUUACCAAGAUUGUGUUGGUAUGUACAAAAUGUUUAUAUUGAAUAUGUAUUUAUUCUUCACCUAUACAUGGAAUAGUUGAUUGUAAAAUUGACAACAAUUAAAAUAUGUGAAAGAAGAAAAAAAAAGAUGACUAUUUCAUAUUUAUAUCAACAUUAACAUAAUGUAUAAUAAACAAUAGCAUCAAUGAG